AUGGGACAUCGCAGGUGGCUGAUGCUGGGAUGGCUGCUGGCAGCGCUGGCGGCGCUGGCGCGGGGCGGCACCACCACGGCCCCUGGUUUCUCCUGCUGGAAGGAAUGCAGCCCCCGUCGGUUCCUCUGCUCCUGGCCACCCCAUGGCCCUGCUGGCAACACCUCCUAUGUCCUGACACUCUGCUACACUACGCGCCGGCUGUGCCAGCGGUUUGAGGCGGGCGCAAGGACGACGUACGUCCUGAGCCGUCACCGCAUCUACGUCCUCACCAAUGCCACAGCCUGGGUGGAGGCGCACUGGGGAGGCCACGUUCACAGAACCCCCAACCUCACACUAUACCUCAACGAGGCCGUCAAACUGGAUCCACCCCUCAUCGGAAUGCCUUUCACCAAGACUGCUUCCUGGCUGCGGGAUCUCGCUGACGCCCGUAACAGGAUCAGGCCAGGAUUCGUGGGGAUUACACAGGCAAAACCCUGGAUUAGAGUGAUGACGAUGAUGGAUGAAAUCCGGCCGCUUAUCCCCAGCGAAACCCCUCACAGCUGGGGACCCCCCACCCCUCUUGGCUGCUGCCAGGAUGGUCCCGGGGCCGCAGCCAUGGUGAUGUGUGAGGCGGUGACGGGCGAGGAUGAGUCAGUGACCUGCGCCCUGGGUGGGGCCAGCGCUGUCGAGGUCCAGCUCCGGCACAAGCUCCCGCACUGGAGCAGCUACUGGAGUGACUGGAGCAGCUCUAUCCUCAUUCCUGAGGAAAUCCUGGCGAGCCCAGCACUGAGCCACCAACUGGGAAAACUGGGGAGAGAUGGGCAGCGGGUGCUGAGACUGGGCUGGCAGCGAACCCCCGUGGCGCAGGGCAAUGUCACCUACACGCUGCUUGCCCGCAUGACCACAUGUCCCUGCACCGAGCCGGCCCAGGAGAACAUUGCAGUACACGAUAUCGGCUUCAUGGAUGUCAGUGUGGCCGGCGGCACCGUGAUGGCGCAGUGGGAAGCGCUGAGCUCCGGUUUAGCCAACUGCUUUGAGCAGCAGCCGCUGGCGGAAGCCCCUAAAUCCAUCUGUGUCCAACAAGAUUUCUCUGCCAAAAGCAUCCACGUGGAGACAGGAGUGCUAGACACACCGGCAUGUUACCGCUUCGCCGUGCACGGCUGGGCCCCGGCGCAGGGUUGGGCCACCUUCGCCCUGCAGCACCACUACGCCAGCAAUGCCUCACUGGCCGUGCCCAUCCACAUCGAUGCUGGUGCUGAGGAUGACGCUGUUGUCCUCCAGUGGAGCCCGUCCCCCCGCGCUGCCUGUCCUGGGGCGCUGGCCAAAUACCUCCUCUGCCACGCGGCCGAGGGAGACAAUGUGACCUACACCGAAGUCGAUGCCACAGCAUCGCACUACACCCUCCAAAACCUGCAGCCUGGCACGAUCUACAGAGUGGGCGUUCGGGAGGUGACGGUGGAGAGUGGGGGCACCUGCGGCCCUUGGUGGUACUUCCAGACCAAGACGCUGGGUCCCCAGGGAGCAGCAUGGAAAUCCCACCUGAAGUACCUGGGCCUCUUGCUCUGCCUUCCCAUCAUGGCGGCCGUCUACCAGCUGAGCAAAAAGAGGGCCCGCCAUCUCCUCUUCCCACCCCUGCCCAAGCCGGUGGGUAGCAAAGCUGUCUAUUUUGCCACCAGUGAAACAAGCCAGGGCCUGCCCCGGCCGGGCUUUGUGGAGCCCUCGGAGAGGUUUAGCCCAGCUGAGCUGCUGAUACCGGAGCUGGGUCCCAGCAAGGAGACGACCGAUGUCAGCACGUGUCCCAGCACACCACAGCCCGGCUCCACAGCUGAAAAACCAGUGGUGGUGGGCCCAGCAGACUGCGGUGAGGACGAGGAGGAGGAGGAGGAGGAGGAGGAAGAGGAAGGAAGGCCAGGGCUGCGCCAGCUGCUGGUCCCCAUCGCCCUGCUCAUCUCUGACAAACCCAUCAUCAUCAGGGAUGGGAAAGGAUGGGACCCGGUGCCAGAGGAGUCGGUGCCAUAG